AGAAAAACAAACAUGGCGUCCAAAAAGAAACUUCCUCGGUCUCGAAGAUGUAGAGAUAAUGAAAAACUUGGAAUUUAUACCGCGCUUGCAAGUGAUCAGGCUGAUUGUACGAGUAGAAACAGCGCACAGCUGCGCUACUCCCUUGGAAAUGAUUCCUAUGUAGGAAGAGCCUUGGCGUUGCAUUCUGAAGAUUUAGACAGUGUCAGUGCUACCAGAGAAUUGCCACCACACAAGCAUGUAGAACAAGCAAUCCAUCAAGCCCCUGAGUUUACUGUAUUUGAUAUUAUCCUUGGAUUCAGUUCAAUAGGUUUCUUUUUCUUUGAUGUAGUAACUGACAUGCUUCUUGCGAGGGAUUAUUUUUAUCAACUCCGACUUGUGCCAUUCGGUCUAACAACAGCGUUUAUUGUUGUCCCAAGUUUUGUAACUGCAGCAUUGAACUUGCGCUGGUAUUUUCUGGACUUUCAAAGUCAAAAAAUACUGAUAAGCAAGCACGGAAAAGAGCAAGUGCACACAACAAGAGGACUUUUGUGGCUUGUCAGAAUCGUGAUGACUUGUUUUAUGAUGGGCCCAGUUAUUAGGCAGAUAGAGUACCUGUACAAUGGCAUUAAAAGCAGAGACAAAAAUCUGAGCGAGGCUGUGAGAAAGCGCCACUACACAUUCAUGCGUUGUGAAGAUGUGGAUGCUUCUUGUAUUCGAAUGUUUGAAUGCUUCUUGGAGGCUGCCCCUCAGCUUCUUCUACAGAUUUACAUCUUGAUGGAAUACAGAGAGGAAGAAGUCACCUGGUUAAUAAGUGGUAUCAGGGUGGUAUCAAUGCUGUCUUCAUGGUCUAGUCUUGCAAUAUCCAUGGUGUCUUACCACAAGGCCUUGAGAUUCUCCCAUGAAGACCGCGGAAACAUGUCUAUACCAGGAUCGAUACUCUACUUCUUGUGGAGAGCUGUUGAAAUUGGACCCAGAGUUAUUGCCCUUGGCAUGUUUGCCUCUCAGUUUAAAUGGGGGGUGUUCAUAGUUGUUGGUGUUCACUGGAUUGCAAUGUCAUCAUGGCUGAUAUGUCAGAAAACACAGUUCUACCAAAAUCGGUGUGAAGAGAAAUGCUUCAACUUUGUUUGCGGCUAUGUGCUUGUCUUUUGCUUCUUGAACGUCAGGGAUGGUCGGACAAGAUACCGAAUGAUUUUAUACUACUUUAUAUUUUACAUUGAAAACUGGCUCAUGCUGGGAUUUUGGUUUUAUUUCACUGAUGCCAAGAGUCAAUGGUUUUAUCUGCCAACUUUAUUUGUUGUCUCGAUGACUGACAGACUAUCUACAUUACCUAUCAAAGUGGAAGAAUAUUCAAGUGGACUAGAAUAUAAUUGAAUAUCGGAGAAAGUCCAUAACACAAAAAAAGGUCCACCUAUGCAUUACAUACUGAUGAAUUUCUAAUAAAGCUUAAUUUGCAAUUUUAGUUGAUUGAUUUGCAUAUUUUACAUAUUAUCUUAAAUAUUCUUCAAUUAUAAUUGUAUUAUAUUGUGCACCAAUUUACUGGUACGGGUAAACAGGUAGGUUAUUAUUGUUUCAACUUAUUUUUUAUUGGUUUUUGUUAAGUUAUUGCAAUUGAAUGAUCUUAAAUGAGCAUUUUAGACGAUAUUGUUGUAGAUGGUUAACAUUUGUUAUCCAAUGUCAGGCAACUGUUUAUGGUGGUAUUAUUAUAGCUACUAGGUUUUAUAUGAAAUAGAUACUGCACAUUGAAUACUCUUUACUUAUUAUGAACAUAAAAUGAACAAUAAGUCAUUAUUAAUUUUUCACCAAACUUGAUAUUUUUAGAUUUGUUUUGCCUCAGAGGGCAGACGUAUUUAACAGAAAGUUAAAUUUCUGAUUUUUUUUAAAUGUUCUUUUAUAUUUUGUGUUCUACUUUUAUUGAGUACAGUGUGGCAUUCACAUAUGACAAUCGCAAUAUUAUAAGUUUUAAUAUUUAAGGAUUAUAUUUAUGCCGCCUGUAGGGUGGCAUAUAGCAAUUAAACUGUUCGUCAGUGUGUCAGUCUGUCCGUCCGUCCGAAAACUUUAAUAUCCAUAACUUUUUCAAUAUUGAACAUAGCAACUUGAUAUUUGGCAUACAUGUGCAUCUCAUGGAGCUGCACAUUUUGAGUGGUGAAAGGUUAAGGUCAAGGUCAUCCUUCAAGGUCAAAUGUCAAAUAUAUGGCGUCUGUCCGUCCGUCCGAAAACUUUAACAUUGGCCAUAACUUUUUAUGCCCCCGGUAGGGUGGCAUAUAGCAGUUGAACUGUCAGUAUGCGUGUAUGUCAGUCUGUCCGUCCGUCCGGAAAAAAACUUUAACGUUGGCCAUAACUUUUGCAUUAUUGAAGAUGAAGAUAGAAACGUGAUAUUUGGCAUGCAUGUGCAUCGCAUGGAGCUGCACAUUUCGAGUGGUGAAAGGUGAAGGUCAAGGUCAUCCUUCAAAAUCAAAUGUCUAAUAUAUGGCAUCUGUCCGUACGUCCAAAAACUUAAACAUUGGCCAUAACUUUUCCACUAUUGAAGAUAGCAACUUGAUAUUUGGCAUGCAUAUGUAUCUCGUGGAGCUGAACAUUCUGAGUGGUGAAAGAUGAAGGUCAAGGUCAUCCUAUAAGGUCAAAUAUAUGGCGUCUGUCCGUCCGCAAAUUUUAAAAUUGGCCAUAACUUUUUCAAUAUUGAACAUAGCAACUUGAUAUUUGGCAUACAUGUGCAUCUCAUGGAGCUGCACAUUUUAAGUGGUGAAAGGUGAAGGUCAAGGUCAUCCUUCAAGGUCAAAUGUCAAAUAUAUGGCGUCUGUCCGUCCGAAAACUUAAACAUUGGCCAUAACUUUUUCAAUAUUCAAGAUAGCAACUUGAUAUUUGGCAUGCAUGUGUAUCUCAAGGAGCUGAACAUUUUGAGUGGUGAAAGGUCAAGGUCAAGGUCUUCCUUCAAGGUCCAAUGUCAAAUAUAUGGCGUCUGUCCGUCCGUCCUAAAACUUUAACAUUGGCCAUAACUUUUUAUGCCCCCGGUAGGGUGGCAUAUAGCAGUUGAACUGUCCAUCAGUCAGUAUGUGUGUAUGUCAGUCUGUCCAUCCGUCCAAAAAAAAACUUUAACGUUGGCCAUAACUUUUGCAUUAUUGAAGAUAGCAAUAUUUGGCAUGCAUGUGCAUCUCACGGAGCUGCACAAUUUAAGUGGUAAAAGGUGAAGGUCAAGGUCAUCCUUCAAGAUCAAAUUUCUUUUACUACUAGUAAAUGGCAUCUGUCCGUACGUCCGAAAACUUUAACCUUGGCCAUAGCUUUUUCACUAUUGAAGAUAGCAACUUGAUAUACAUGUAUGGCAUGCAUGUGUAUCGCAUGGAGCUGAACAUUUUGAGUGGUGAAAGGUGAAGGUCAAAGUCAUCCUUCAAGGUCAAAUGUCAAAUAUAUGGCGUCUGUCCAUCCGAAAACUUUAACAUUGGCCAUAACUUUUUCAAUAUUGAAGAUAGCAACUUGAUAUUUGGCAUGCAUGUGCAUCUCACAGAGCUGCACAUUUUGAGUGGUGGAAGUUCAAGGUCAAGGUCAUGCUUCAAGGUCAAAGGUCAACAAAAAAUAAUUAAAAUUCAAAGCGGCGUUCACAUGAAGCUGCACGUUUUGAGUGGUGGAAGUUCAAGGUCAAGGUCAUCCUUCAAGGUCAAAGUUUAAAAAAAUAUUAAAAAAUCAAAGCGGCGUUUUCAUGAAGCUGAACGUUUUGAGUGGUGGAAGUUCAAGGUCAAGGUCAUCCUUCAAGGUCAAAGGUAAAAAUAAUUUUUAUUUUUUUUAUUUCAAAGCCACGCAAUUGGGGGCAUUGUGUUUCUGACAAACACAUUUCUUGUUUUUGUUAUAUUUGCUUUUUUCCGAUCUGCUUGAUAUUUCGAGCCCACUUGUGGACAAUUUUAAAUAUAUGAGAAGACGUCACCAGCUUUUAUUGCAAUUACCUGCAUAAGUGCAUGCAUUAAUCUGUCCUAUUUUGUAUGGAGUAGCUUCAUCAUGCAAUUAAAUUAUCACUUGCCACAAAUGUGUGCCAUUUAGGGAUGGCUCAAAGUCAAUCUUUGGAGUCAAAGGUCAAGUCAAAACUGUAACUUAAAUUAUUCACUAUGCAAUUUGAAAAUAACUUUCUCACAAUGUGGGUAAUUUUUCACUAUGCAGUUUAAAAAUAAUUUGUACAAAUGUGUCAGCUUAUAAUUGAUUAAUUUAAUCAACAUAAUGGUUGCACCGGUAAAUUUGAUAUGUAUUCAGUUUUACAAUUAUAUUGGUUGUUUUUAGCUCACCUGAGCAUAUAGAGCCUCUGGAGAGACUCUCAGGUGUGCCAACAUGGGCCUGUGCCCUAGUACUUUUUGCUGUCUUAUUUUGUAUGCAACUGUAAUUACAGUAGUCUAAAUUGGACCAAUAUCAUACAUAAGCCAGGCACUUGCAUAUGUUUAUACAUGCUUAUAAAUAUGAUUUCUCUUAAUGUUAUUUUACAGAGAAUUUAUCUUUUUUAGUCAAUUUAUUGUUGAUAACAAAUUGCAUCCUGUACUGUUAUUUUUAGAUGAUUUACACAAAUAUGUUGCUAUGUGUUGCAUAUGUUUAUACUUGUAUCCAUGAACCUUUUAGAAUAAAUAAAAUAAAAAGCAUAA